AUGCCUGCCGUUCGGAUUGAAACUGCAAGUGACAAUCUGUCCCUGUCCACGCUCGCUGUUGGCACGUUCCUAUGCUUUGCGUCGCUCUAUCUUGUUUCUCUCAUAGUAUACCGCCUGUGGCUUCAUCCUCUCGCAAAAUUCCCGGGACCGUUGCUCGCAAAAUUGACGUCGUGGUAUGAUGUAUACCAUGCCUACAAAGGCGACAAACAUCUUCAUUUCCACUACCUACACGAAAAAUAUGGGACUCUCGUGAGAUAUGCGCCCAACACGCUCUCGAUAAAUGAUCCGCAGGCACUCAAGGCGAUUUACGGCCACAAAGCGAAUGUUCGCAAAUCUGACUUCUAUCUUGCCUUUCCGGCCGCGCCUGGCGUGUUCAGUACUCAUACGGCGCUCGACCGUCACCAGCACGCUCGCAAGCGGCGUGUGAUGAGCCAUGCCUUCUCCGACUCAGCUUUGAAGGGCGUGGAGGACUUCGUGCUUGUCCACAUCCAAGAAUACAUCGAGCGUCUCACGACCAAGAGCUCGAAUCGCCAUGGUCCUUCUCUGUCUAGCGAGAAAAUCGGGUGGACCGACGGGAAAGAUCUGUCGAAGUGGAGCAGCUACCUCGGGUUCGACGUAAUGGGCGAUCUUUCCUUUGGCAAGUCCUUCGGUAUGCUCGGGAACCAUCCUGAGAACAGAGAGGCUUGCUUUCUGCUUGAGCAGGCGGCGCGUCGCCACAAUAUUGUACGACCGAUGCCUUUCCUCCACCGGAGUGGCAUUGACAAGAUCCUCUUCCGGAAGAUAUACAACGACCGCAAGGCCUACCUGACAUUCAGCAGGAAGCAAGUCAGCGAGCGCACAAACAGUGACGUCUUAAAGUCCGAGCGUAAAGACUUCUUCUACUACCUCCUUCGCUCAAAAGAUCCCGAGACUGGCGAGGGCUUCAGCAUGAGGGAGCUGUGGGGCGAGAGCAACACAUUAAUCAUCGCCGGCUCCGACACGACAUCCACGACACUCACGGCGACGCUCUUCUACCUGCUCCACGAUGCCUCUGUCCUCUCGCGCUUGAACGCCGAGAUCCGCAGCACGUUCGACUCCGUCGAAGAGAUUCGCUCAGGCCCCAAGCUCAACGGCUGCACCUACCUCCGCGCCUGCAUCGACGAAGCAAUGCGCAUGUCUCCGCCCGUCGGCGCUAUCCUCCCGCGGACGGUCCUACCAGGCGGGCUCGAAGUUCUGGGCCACAAGCUCCCCGCAGGCACGGGGGUAGGCUCGCCAAUCUACGCUCUGCAUCACCAUGCAGCUUACGUACCCAACUCCUUCAUAUACAACCCCUCGCGGUGGCUAGCAGACGAACCGGGAACGACGCCUGAGAGUCUGGAGGCGCUUCAUAGUGUGUUUAACCCAUUUAGUAUUGGGCCGAGGGGGUGCAUUGGGAAGCCGAUGGCGUAUCUGGAGCUUAGCCUUGCGCUUGCGAGACUGGUUUGGGCGUUUGAUAUGAGGUUGGCGCCGGGUAAAGAGGGGAGGGUUGGGGAGGGUAGGAAGGGGUUGGGGUAUGGACGGGAAAGGGAGCAUGAGUUUCAGCUUGAGGACAUCUUUGUCAGUGAGAAGAAAGGGCCGAUCGCUGAGUUCAGGCCGAGGAGUUGA